CUGAGGCUCCACCCACCCCGGCCCUGACCUGGGGGGGUGGGGGCUGUCACCUCUGUUGACAUACAUGUGGUCUGCCUCUCCAGGAUGAGUCUGCAGAUCUUACAGGACGAGAACGUCACUGGGGACAAGACCGCAGAGAACUAUGACUUGCUGUUUUUGCCACCGGAAGUUACUGGGAGAUCGUCUGUCUUGCGUCUGUCACAGAAAGAAAAUGUGCCCCCUAAAAACAUCACCAAGGCCGUGAAGGUCACUUUCCAGACACCCCUGCGGGACCCUCAGACGCACAGGAUCCUCAGUCCCAGCAUGCCCAGCAAGCUGGAGAGCAUGUUCUCCCUGGAUGACGCGGUCGGCCUGGAGAACGCCCACCCCACCCCCGCGCAGAGAGACGACCAACAGUUCUCUUGCGAAGCUGAGGCCACGCCUGCAGAUGGAGCUUUCCAGAAGCCAGCCCUGCCCGAUACAGCCUGGCCCCUGGGUGCUUGGGCCCCAGCGGGAAGCAGCAGUGCCGACGAGGGCCUGGACCCCGCGUGUCUGGGUGGUCUGGACACUCUUGCUUCUCCCCAGGCUCUGGGAGUUGGAGAGAGCCCACCCCUGGCGGGUCCAGGACAGGUGUCCAACAGUCCCGAGGAGGCCCUACAGGAAAGGGGGCCUUCUUCCUCCCCAGAGAGAAACGUCCCCCUGCAUUCUGACACCGUGGGGGACAUUGCCGGACUGGUGGCCCUGGCCAAGUCGGAGGGGGCUUGCGGAAUCGAGGAGGAGGCCCCCUCAGACGGACCCUUGGUCGGCGGAGUCUUAGCUGCCCCAGUGGAGGCCACCCCGCCCCCCACUGCGUGCCCGGAAGGCCCACCUGAAGAAGCCCCACCCACAGAGCGGCCCAGCCCGGAUGGCCCGUGUGCCCCCCCGGGGGAAGAGCAGAAGCCACAGGCUGGCACCGUUGGUGACUCAGUGGCUCCUAUGGCCCCAGAUGAAGCCCGGGUCCUGGCCCCCUCCCACAUGGGCCCCACCAGCCCUUCUCGAGCGCAGGAGGAGGGACCCAGGCAGGUGGCCGCUGCGGCCACAAGCGAGCCUGUCAAGCUGGAGUUUGACUUCUCUGCUGGCAAGAGGGCCCCUCCCCCCCGGAAGCUGGGGAAGAGGCCGGGCCUGAAGCCACCUUCCAAGAGCAGGGUGGCCCAGCGGGCUCCCCCUGAGAAGGGCCAGAGCCAGGGGCCUGCUGCAGCUGAAGAGGGCUCCAUCCCUGCCCCCCGGGGCGCCUACAGCCUGGACUGGGACAAGCUCGAUGACCCAAACUUCAACCCCUUUGGUAGCGGCUCCCAAUGUGCUGCAGCGGCCGGGCCUCCAAGCCAGCAGGUGGGUCCAGCCGUUCCUGAUGGCUCUCCUGAUGUCCACCUCCCCCAAGUGGCUCCCAGAAUGGCCAGCGAGGAGGGAACGACCUUUUCUACUGAGGGAUCUGUCCCUGUGAGCAGCCCUGGCAGCAAGCCUGUGGUCACAUCCACUGAGCAAGCGGCCAGGGAACCAGAGGCCACGCCUGUUGAGCCCAAGACCACACCUGCUGAGCCAGUGACCGUACUGACUGAGCAGAAGGCCGAGCCUGCCCUGGACCUCAGCAAGGAGAACUUCAGUGAUCCUGCUGAAGUCCUAGGCACGGAGGCCGAUGUGGACUACCUGGAGCAGUUUGGAACGUCCUUGUUUAAGGAGUCCGCCUUAAGGAAGCAGUCUUUAUACCUGAAGUUCGACCCACUCCUGAAGGAUAGCCCCAGCAGACUGCUUCCCGUGGCCGCGGAGACCGCCAGCAUCCAGGCCACAGUCACCCCGGCCUCGGGAAGUGUGCCGGAAGCCAAGCUGGUGGACAUCGACUUCCUGGACGUCCCAGUGCCCAGCCCUCCCCCAGGGGUGCUGGGGCCCGGGGCCCCGCCCUUGCCCGUGGGCCACAUCGUGGACGUGCUGCAGUACAGCCAGAAGGACCUGGACGCUGCGGUGCAUGCCCUUCAGGUGGAGAACUUGGAGCUGAAGAGCAGGUGUGCUGGAACUCUCGUCUGCCCUUCUCCCCACAGGAAGAUCAUGGAUGAAUUUGAAGAGCUUGCCCGCCAGGUGACAGAGGAGGCCAAGAAAGAGAAGGAGCUUGCCGAGGCCAGGAUGCAGACGGUCCUGAAAGAGAGGGACCAGCUGACCGCAGACCUGGACUCCAUGGAGAAGUCCUUCUCCGACCUCUUCAAGCGGUUGGAGAAGCAGAAGGAGGUCAUUGAAGGCUACCACAAGAAUGAGGAGUCGCUGAAGCAGUGCGUCCAGGAGUCCAUCCUGAGGGUGGACAAGGAGAGUCAGCGGUAUCAGGCACUCAAGGCCCACGCCGAGGAGAAGCUCAGCCGGGCGAACGAGGAGAUCGCCCAGGUACGCAGCAAGGCCCAGGCGGAGGCGCUGGCCUUCCAGGCGAGCCUGCGGAAGGAGCAGAUGCGUGUCCACUCGCUGGAGAAGACCAUUGAGCAGAAGACGAGAGAGAAUGAGGAGCUCACCAGGAUCUGCGACGACCUCAUCGCCAAGAUGGAGAAGAUCUGACCUCUCCCUCCCUCCCCGUCCGUCCGUCCGUCCGUGUCUCUGAGCAGUUCUUCAUGUACUUCUUUCUUACUUUCAACUUGUUUCUGAGCUAGAUUGUUUCAGAGAAAGACGAAAUAAAAGUUCCCUUAGAAUGCGCGCUCCA